AUGGCUGAAGAACAAUCUGUUGAAUCCGCCUCCCCUUCUGGUGAUUUCGUGGUGUCGUCCUCAUCAUUGAACAUCCAUGAUGACCAUUCACAACAACAACAAGAACCACACGAGUCGACUUCUCAUGUUGUUGUUGACACUACCACUUCCGAAGAAGGGAUUCAUCAUCUCCAUCCCUUACAAUCCUCAUCACCACCACCACCACCACCACCACUCCAUUCUCAUGAGGAGGACCAUGAUCAUUCUACAACAACAACAACAACUCCUCCUCAACAACAAGAACAACCUGCAGUAAUGGUGAAUCAUGAACAAGAGACGACUUGUUCUCAAAUGAUGGAGGAGGAGGAGGAGAAGGAUCACCAUGAUGAUGAUCACCACAUUGACCAUCACCACCAUCACCACCAUCACCACCAUCACCACUCGUACCACCACUUGAAUUCAAAUCCAUCAUCCAUGAUGAUGACGAUGAAUCACUCUUCUCUCUCAUCUUCAAAAUAUCCCUUUGUCGAACUCUCUUCAUUCACCACCACCAAUGUGGAAGUGAUUUAUGAUCAACUCAACAUUUAUAGUACUCCUCUCUUUACCAUCAUUACAAGUGUCAAUGUUCAAGAAGAACAAUCUCAUAUCACUGAAAUGAUUCAAAGUCAUGAAAAAACACUCUACAAGGAUCAUCCAUUGUUUCAAAAGACUGGAUUGACUGUGAGUAGAAAGAUGAAAGAUUUUGAAUGGCUCUAUGAUCAUUUGAAAAUGGAUUGUGUUGGAUGUUUAAUUCCACCCAAAGAACUAUUAACGACGAAUAUUGACAAGUUGUAUUCUUCGAGUCAAGUGAGUGUUGCAACCACAUCCACACCAACAACAACAAUGAAUACUACUACUACUACUACUACUACUCCUAAUAGUACAUCUACCAAUAGUACAUCUACUACUUCUGAUUAUCCAAACAUUCAUUCUGCUGCUGCUAGUACUACAGAUAGUAUCACCAUCAACACAAGUGCUGAUAACAAAUCUCUUAAAGGAAAAUAUCUUUCCAUUUUCUUAACACUCUGUGCAAGACAUCCAGUGUUGUGUAAGAGUUAUCUCUUUUGGGAUUUUAUUAGUGCAAGUGAAGAUGAAUUUAAUCAUACCAUGAAGAAGACUGAGAGUGCAGCAUUGAGUGGUCAGAGUGGUGGUGCUACCUCAAGUCAUUCAACGAGUUCUUCUAGUUCUGGUGGUGGUGGUGGUGGUGGUGGUCUCUUGUUUUCUCUUAAAAAGAUGAAAAUCAAAUACAACACUCAUGAUAAGGAACGUGAAUAUGUGAAUCAAUUAUCAAAACAAUUGAAAACAUUGCUAAAUGCAAGUCUUUCUCUAAAGAAAUAUCAAGAAUCAUUUUUAAAUGAAUUGGAUAGUAUUGGACGUGCCAUGAAGGUUUAUGGAAAUUUUGAAGCGAACAAUAAUUUUAAUGAAAUGAUGAAUCAUAGUGUUAUUACUACUACAAGUACUCCUUCAAACACCUCUUCUACCACCAAUAUGAAUCACAACAAUACAGGUGGUACACUUCAUAAUAUAUUCCAUUCUAUUGGAGAUAUUACCAUGAAGUCAGCAAGUAUUAAUUCUCAUCAAGAAUCUACGACUCAAUUUGAACAAUAUUUAUUAUUAUAUACCAAAUAUUUAUUACCUAAUGUAUUGAAAUUCUUAGAUUUAUCCAAAGAAUAUCACACCACAUUGAGUGUCUAUGAAAAUGAUUUAAAUAAGGCUACCACACAAGCCAAUAAUAGUAAUAAUCCAAAAUAUCAAGAACAGGUUCAAAAACUUAGUACUAUCUACAAUGAUAUGAAAAGAACUGUGGAUUUGAUUGAUCAAAGAUUCCCUCUCGAGUGGGAAAGAUUUAGAUAUGAAAUGAAAAUUGAUUUGCAAUAUUCCAUGUUGGGUUCUUUGGUGAAGAGAGCCAAUGACCAUAUUGAAUGUGUGAAAGUAUUGAGAGAGAGUGGUGUCAAUCAUGAUGGUGAUACUUUGAGUGAUGAUACUACCAACAACAACAACAACAUGUGGCGUCGAAAGAGUGUUCUACAAGAGACGUAUGACCACAUUCUCAACCAACACAAGAAAUUGAUUUUACCAUCUGGAUCAACCAAUAGAUAUUAA